AUGCCUCCAUCUGCCAGCACGCGCUUUCGUUCAGCAACUGCUGCUGUACAGGGCCGCACAGUAGGGUCCAAACGGAGACAGUCGCAAGUGGCAACUCCUUCCAUCACCACCUUGGUGCCCGAUGUCCUGCAAAGUGCAGGACCCCGGAUGACGGUGGCGGCCAAGCGAAAUAUCUUCAUGCAUGCGAGGUCUUACUUGCAGGGUCAAAGCCAUAUGAAGGAUAUCCACCAAAGGAAAUUGUUGGUUCAAUCCGUUGUGGAAGGGACGCGCCUCCACCAAAAACAGGGCGACACGGUGACAACCUUACAGGAAAACGUGGCAGAACAGCAGGAGCGCAGGAAAGCUGAAGAAAAAGAGUUGGAAGCGCAGCGACUGCUCGAAGAAGCGGCAAAGGAAGAGGUCGUUGAGGUCCUUGAGGUGGAGUAUCACGCGGCCAACAGCACGUUGACAUCCGUGGGAUUCCUGCACAGCCAGGUUGCCAAGUUGGAAACCCUGGCCAAGAGCUACAAGGACGAAUCUCUGAUCGCGACAGCGGUGUCGUCCGCACAGAACUGCGUAAGUUUGUUGAUGACCUUGAAGUCUAAAAUUAGCGAUGACGAGGACAUGUUGCAGUACAUUCGAGAAGCUCGUUUUUCGGCUGACGAGUUGUCAGUCUCUUUGCUCCAUGACCUGCAAGGCGAAAUUGCAAAGAUGAGAGAAGCCCUCCAGUCUGCCAAGGAAACUGCGCGCGCGGAAAGUGUCGAAAGUGAGCAACAGAAAGACGUGUUGCAAAUGGUGGGCUCCAUCUAUGAGGACAUGUUGAAGCUUCAAGUCUCGGCUUUCGGCACCGCUUCGGGCCCUCUGGGAAGGGAAUCUGAAGAGGUUGAGGCAGCUGAGACGGAGGUGCCAACUGAGCAGGCCGUGCCCCAGGAUGCGGCGCCUGCCGAGGACGCCGAGGAUGCCACGGCAAGUGCCGCGGAGGCGUCCGAGACGCUGGAGACGUUGGAGGCUGUGUCGGCAACGGCGGAGGGCCCUGCUGAAGAGGAAGGGGCACCAGAGCAAGACACAUCGGAAUGCGGUGGCGACGCAGGCACCAGCACAGUGUCAACGGCCUUGCCAGCGCUCGGCGCCUUUGCGAUGCAGGAGGACGCACAACCGGACGACCCACAGCUGGAGGACCCUCAGCCGGAGGACCCGCAGCUGGAGGACCUGCAUCCGGAGGCGGAACGGAGUGAGUUGCCACAGUUGGCUGGGAGCCACACUGCCGAUGCUGGGAAGCGGCCCAGUCAAGCAAGUGAAGGGGUUAAAGUGGCCGACGCCCCUGUCCCGCUGCCGAAGAUCGGCAGCACGGAGGUGGUUGACUCGGCACUUGCCACAGCAGAACCGCAGACGCCACGCGAUGCCACCAUGCUUCCGUGUGCGGCAGCGCCGCCAGCAACUGUCCCAGAGGGAGCGGUCCCAGAGGGGGCAGCGGCAGUUAGGAAGGCGAGGAAGAAGAGGCUGAUCAUGGCACCAAAGGUUCGGCUUCCUCCCUUGGCAGCGCUAAAUCGCAAGAACACAGGUGACCUUGACUGGAACAUGGAGCACUUGAACGAGGCCGAGAUGAAGUUGCUGACUUCCGUGUUGGCUGAGGAUGGCGUUCAUCAUUCUCAGAGCGUGGUGGUCAGUCCCAAGAAAGAGCGUUUGUGGAAGGAGGUGUGGGGCCUGGAGGACGCUCGACACACUCGCUUCACCAGCGCCCCGGCUCCACCUUUUCCAGUGUGUCCACCGGUGCCAGAAGUGCUGGAGGAAGCGCCUGAGUCUACCGUUGAAGCCACGGUUGAAGCUGUGGUGAAGCCACGAAAGGUGCGGACGCUGACAGACUUGUGGGAUUGGUCCGACUGGUCCUGGGAUCUUCGUUACGGCUCCUGCAAGAAG